GGUCAUUGUUACUAAAUUGUGUCAUGUUUAGUCACUAAAAAAAAUUAAUAUCAAAUCUGGUCACUCGAAUUACUAAAAUAGGUCAUAUUUAGUCAUUCUUCGUUAUUCCGUCCAACGGAAUGAAUUACUGGAAACAGAUUGGAAAGUGGGGAAUUCGACAAUAAUGGAAUGAAAUUCCGUUAAGAAUUGGAAAGAUUCCCAACAUUGAAGAAGUUAAAGCUGUCAUUAUGGAAAUGAGUGGACUAAAGGUAGCUGGUAAAGAUGAGUUCCACGCCCUGUUCUACCAGAAAUGUUGGGAUGUUGUGGGACUGGAUUUCUCCUCAUUCAUCAGGAGUUGCUUCAGUAACCCCAGCAACAUUAGAAGCAUUAAUGAAACCUUAUUGGCUCUUAUCCCCAAAGUGGAGUCUCCUUCCUCAAUGAACCACUUUAGACCAAUUACUCUAUGUAAUGUGGGGUACGAGGUGGUGGCUAAGUGCAUUGCCAAUAACCUGAAGAUGCUCAUGCCACAGGUGGUUCACCCUAACCAGUCUAGCUUUGUACCAAACCGCCAUAUUACUGACAAUAUUAUUAUUUUGCAGGAGACUGUCCAUUAUAUGUCUAGAAAGGCUGGCAAGAAAGGGAUCAUGCUCCUUAAAAUUGACCUUACUAAAGCCUAUGACAGAAUUAGUUGGCAGUUCUUUGAGGAAACGCUCAAAGCUGCUCACCUCCCUCAUGACUGCAUCAGAUUGAUCAUGGCCUGUGUGACCACCACCUCCUUCCAGGUCUUGUGAAAUGGGGGAGAGACUAACACCUUCUACCCCUCAAGAGGAUUAAGACAGGGAUGUCCCCUCUCACCUUAUCUUUUUACUUUGUGCAUUGAAAGGUUAAGCCACUGCAUAUUGAAAGAUGUGAAUGAUGGUCACUGGAAACCUGUGUGUCUUUCCCCUGGUGGUCCUGCUAUGUCUCACCUUUUCUUUGUUGAUGACCUGGUGUUGUUCUCUCAAGCCAAUUUGUCUAAUGCUUGCAUUAUCAUGAAAUGUCUUGAGUCUUUUUGUGCUGCCUCGGGUGAAUUGGUCAGUAAAGAGAAGUCUAGAACCUUUUUCUCCAAGAAUGUCAAGCAAAAUGAUAGACAGAACAUUUGUAGCUAUCUUGGUAUCCAAGAAACCAAGGACCUUGAU